AUGGAAGUUACAACGAUAAGUACACUGAAUAAUGAUAUUGUUAAAAUUAACUGUCAAUCAGAAAAUGAACAACUACUCGAUAAAUACACAUUUUCGAAUGCACUCGCACUUUCAGUUAAAUUAGGCAUUUGGGAAGCACUGCUUGAUAAUGAAGUUGAAUUUGUUGCUGAUUUAGCUAACCGUUUAAAACAAGAAAAACAUAUCAAAAUUCAACAUGGACUAAUGCAACGUAAAAGUGGAGAACUCUACUCACUUAAACAUGCUGUUAAUCUAAGUCAUGAUUUUCUUGAUACGCCGGAUUUCUAUUGGUCAAAUAGUCGAUUAGAAAAUCUCUACAAAAAAGUAUUUCAUUAUUUUGCCAUUGCAAAACGAACCAAAGUUUUAAAUGAGCGUUUGAAUUUUUCGCUCGAACUUAUACAAGUUAUUGAAGCAAGUUUAAACGAGAAAAAACAUGUACGACUUGAAUGGAUUAUCAUAGCUUUAAUUUUCGUGGAAGUCUUCUUCAAUAUAAUUGAUCAUGUAGAUUUUAACACAUGGAAAUUCACUUCGAAACAUUCGAAAACUCCAGAUGAUCGCGUUUAA